UUUCCAGUUUUGGGCAUUGAAAGUAAUCAAAUUACUUACUCUAUAUACCCCGCCCAUUUUAGUGAGCAGAUUUCACAAAUCACCCACCAAACAUUCUACAUUUAAGAAGCAAAUCAUGGACCACUAAUCCCUUACCACAUUCAUUCCUAUCAAAUAUGUACAUAUAUAUGUAUAUCUAUAUAUAUAUGUGACAUUCUUUGUCCUCUCUCUCUCUCUCUAGAGCCCUAUGUUUCUUUCUCUGGGUAAAUUCUGGAGAGAUGGGUUUAUGGGUUGAUUGCAGUACUCUCUCUUUGCUGCUCAUUGUUGUUGCUGUUCAACUAGCAAAUGUAGAGAAGUGUGUAGGUGACUGUGAUUUCUUCCAAGGGAGAUGGACCGUCGACGCGUCCUACCCUCUCUACUCUCCGGCCACGUGUCCUUUCAUUCAGCCGGAGUUCAAUUGCCAGUCCAACGGCCGUCCGGACAAGACAUAUCUAAAGUACAGAUGGCGGCCCCAGGAUUGCGAGUUAGCAAGAUUUGAUGGUGAAGAGUUUUUGAAGAGAUAUAGAGGGAAAAGAAUAAUGUUUGUAGGAGAUUCAUUAAGCCGAAACCAAUGGCAAUCAUUCACAUGCAUGCUUCACGCUGCCGUGCCCAAUGCAACAUACACUCUCACAGCAAGAGAAGAUGUCUCCGUAUUCACUUUCACGGAUUAUGGAGUUAAAGUGAUGCUUCAUCACACAGUGUACUUAGUGGAUGUAGUAAGGGAAAAGAUUGGUAGAGUGUUGAAACUUGACUCAAUUGAGAAUGGCAGCAAGCUAUGGCAAGGGAUUGACACGCUCAUCUUCAAUACGUGGCAUUGGUGGUACAGAAGUGGACCAACUCAACCAUGGGAUUAUAUUGAAAUUGGUAACCGUUUAAUCAAAGACAUGGACAGGAUGGUUGCAUUCGAGAAGGGGCUAACAACAUGGGCCAAUUGGGUGGACUCAAAAGUUGAUCCUAGUAAAACUAUGGUUUUUUUCCAAGGGAUUUCUCCAUCUCACUACAAUGGGAGUGAGUGGAAUGAAGCGAGUGUAAAGACAUGCAUAGGACAGACCCAACCUUUGCUUGGGUCAACAUAUCCGGGAGGACCCCCAGUUGCAUUAGGCGUGCUGAAGAGGGUGCUAAGCAAGAUCAAAAAACCAGUGACAUUGCUGGACAUUACCAACCUUUCUCAGCUAAGAAAAGAUGGACACCCUUCUCUUUACGGGUUGACAGGCCGAAAGGAUUGCAGCCAUUGGUGUCUUGCCGGAGUUCCCGAUACUUGGAAUGAAAUACUUUACAAUUUUAUUCUUGAUUAAUUUAGUGAAACUUAAAAUCGAAUGCGAAUGGGAUCCAAAUUAAGGGGUUCCAAUAUUGCUUAAUUGGCUCUCCAUUCGGUUGUAAGUUUCCCUCUCCGUGUCAAUACUCCUCAUUCUUGAAAGGAAGUCAUUGAUGAUUAAACCAUUGAUUAUUUGAAUGAAUAAAAGAUCAUUAUUGCAAUGCCA